GGCUGUCAUGGCGGCAGGAGGGCGAACUUGCAGUUUCUCUACGGCUCACCACUGUGUCAGCAACUCCAGAAUGUGGCAGCUCACAAGCCUUCUGCUGUUCGUGGCUACCUGGGAAAUUUCUGGCAUGCCAGCCUCUACUGACUCAGUGUUCUCCAGCAGUGAGCAUGCCCACCAGGUGCUGCGGAUCCAAAAACGCUCUAACUCCUUCCUGGAGGAGGUCCGGCCAGGCAACCUGGAGCGGGAAUGCAUGGAGGAGGUCUGUGACUUCGAGGAGGCCAACGAGAUUUUCCAAGAUGUGGACAAAACACUGUCUUUCUGGACCAAGUACUUUGACGGUGACCAGUGCAAGGCUCCACCCUUGGACCACCAGUGUGACGACGCGUGUUGUGAGCAUGGCCAGUGCAUCGACGGCAUGGGCGGCUUCAGCUGCAACUGCAUGGAGGGCUGGGAGGGCAAGUUCUGCCAGCAGGAGGUGCUCUUCUCCCACUGUGGGGUCGACAAUGGAGGCUGCGCACACUACUGCCAGGAAGAGGGGGAUGGGCGCCGCUGCAGCUGUGCGCCAGGCUACGAGCUGGACGACGACCAACGGCAGUGCAAGCCUAAAGUAAGUUUCCCAUGUGGGAAGCUGGGGAAACGAGUAGAGAAAAAGCGCACUAAUGUAAAACGGGACACAGACCAAGUGGACUUACUGGACCCAAGGAUUGUCAACGGGACAUUGACCAAACAGGGCGACAGCCCCUGGCAGGUGAUCCUGCUGGACUCGAAGAAAAAGCUGGCCUGUGGGGGAGUGCUCAUUCAUACCUCCUGGGUGCUGACUGCGGCCCACUGCAUGGAUGAGUCCAAGAAGCUCUCUGUCAGACUUGGAGAGUAUGACCUACGGCGCAGGGACAAGUGGGAGGUGGACAUAGACAUCAAGGAGAUCCUUGUCCACCCCAAUUAUACCCGACGCACCAGUGACAAUGACAUCGCUCUGAUCCACCUGGCUCAGCCUGUCACUCUCUCCAAGACUAUAGUGCCCAUAUGUCUCCCAGACAUUGGCCUUGCAGAGCGUGAGCUCACUCAGGCUGGCCAGGAGACAGUGGUGACAGGUUGGGGCUAUCAAAAUGGCCGAGAAAAGGAUGUCAAGAGAAACCGAACCUUCAUCCUCACCUUCAUCAAGAUUCCCGUGGCCCCUCGCAAUGAGUGCAUCGAAGCCAUGAACAGUGUGGUCUCAGAGAACAUGCUGUGUGCAGGGAUCCUGGGGGACAGGCGGGAUGCCUGUGAUGGUGACAGUGGAGGGCCCAUGGUUGCUCUUUCCCGAGGCACCUGGUUCCUGGUGGGCCUGGUGAGCUGGGGUGAGGGCUGUGGGCUUCUUAACAACUAUGGUGUCUAUACCAAAGUCAGCCGCUACCUCGACUGGAUCCACAGCCACAUGCGGGACAAAGAUGCCUCCUUCACAACCUAGACACUAUAGCACCCCCUCUCCAACCACCUCUGCUCCCUCGAGGCCACUC